AUGGACUUGAAAAAAGCCUACGGCAUUGAUGUUUUUGCUAUUCUUGAGCCUAGAAUCAGUGGUCCUAGGGCUCUCAGAGUUGCGCAAAGUCUGGGUUUUUCCCAUUACCAUAUUAUUGAUGCUAUUGGGUUCUCUGGUGGUGUCUGGUUGCUAUGGAAUGAUAACUCUGUCUCUCUUCAAGUUGUUGCUCACUCAAGCCAAUCCAUUACUGCCCUUAUCCAGUCAAGUAACCAUAAGUGGCUCCUCACAGUGGUGUAUGCUAAUCCAUGUCCUGGGGUUAGAGAAGCUCUGUGGAAGUACUUUGAUGGCCUUGCUCUUGCUUCCUCUCUUCCUUGGCUUGUGAUUGGUGAUUUCAAUGACACUGUAAAUGCGACUGAAAAAUGUGGUGGUAACACAAACCAUGGUGGUAAGGGCUUUAUCGACUGGAUUGAGCGUAAUCACCUUGUUGACUUAGGUUUUUCUGGUGCUAAGUACACUUGGUGUAAUAAAAGGAAUGCGGAGGGUAUUAUCUAG